UUGUAAUAAACAGUAUGUUCAGCAGCAGGACUGUAAUCCUUCAUAGUAGAGUAUACAGCACCAUAGACCAUUGGGGAUAUAUUUGAGAUGUAGUUAACUUGUAUACUUAAUGUACUUACAUGCUAUCAGCUCUGUGAGGCAGUACUUGGGCACUGUAGAGCAUUAUACCUGCUUAAGCAGGUAUUAUGUUUACCACGGCCAUCAUCUUAGUUUAGCAUGCUAGCAUGGUAACACUUGCUAAUUAGUACUAAACACAGUGCAAGUACAGCUGAGACUGAAGGGAAUAUUAGUUUUGAAGAUAUUUAGAAGACAUCUGCAAGCGUAGGACCAACAGACCAAUAAACCAUGCCACCAGCAUGGCUAAAUAUCCCCCAGCCCAAGCCCUUACAGUGGGUUAUGUACUGUUCUGCUAGCUCCUACUGAUGAUAUCUCUUUAGCUAUGCUAUUACAAAAUUAUAGUUUAGCUUCAACUCCCAUCCUCCGGCCCCACACAGAUGUACACAAUUCAAUGAGCUUUAAAGCUUAAAUCAACAACUGCCCUUUAAUUACUUGUUUUGUGAAGCCACUCACACUAACUAACGUUAGACGGUAGAGAAGUUUAUUAGUCUCUCGUCGUACAUGAAAACUCGCACAGCAGUAGGGUCUCAACCACUUCCUCAAUGCAGUAAUGCGCGCCCACGGGAGGUGUUAAGAAGGAAAACAAGUAAUCUAAAUGUUAACUGAAAACAUCUACCACGGGCAUAUGUCGCCCUCCCCCCAUCCAAAAUACAGUAUCAUCAUACGGGGACGCGCAGGGCUUUUUGGCCGACGCAACGCCUAGUGACACUCCCUUUAAAACAAGCACGGGUGCCCUUUAAACAAACUAACCUUACGCCAGUAGAUAACUAAAGUCUACAGUUCGAAUUUAGGAACAAUAAAAACAGAAAGGAAACCCAAGAAAUAGCAUAACACUGUCACAAACUGCAACAUUUAACCAACUGGUCUGGCUGGCUACCGUGAGUAGGAAACAGUGGAGGACAAAAAGUCGCUCGGAGAUGCCCCAAGAGUGUCAUGACUCUGACCAGAGGAUCUUUCACCUAUGCCAGUGGGGAGGAGUACCAUGGCGAGUGGAAAGAAGGUCGGAGGCAUGGUGUUGGUCAGCUCAAGUUUCAGGAUGGAACCUGCUACACUGGCCAGUUUGAGAAUGGACUCUUCCACGGCUCUGGUGUACUGCUCUUCACAGAUGGAUCAAGGUAUGAAGGAGAAUUUGCACACGGAAAGUUUCAAGGGACAGGAGUCUUCAGUCGAUAUGAUGGCAUGAAGUUUGAAGGGGAAUUCAAAGACGGACGUGUUGAGGGAUAUGGGCUAUUGACUUUCCCAGAUGGAGCUCAUGGUGUCCCACGAAAUGAGGGCUUGUUUCAAAACCACAAGCUGCAGAAGAGAGAGAAGUGCCCCGGGGUGGUGCAGCGUGCGCAGGCUUCAGCCUCUAACGCUCGCAGUCUGGCACUUUGACCGUCAUGGACCCUGAUGGAGACACGGUCAGGGUUCCAGCACCUUUCAAGAGGGCCUCAGGGAUGUGUACUUGUAUACUCCCCUCCAGCUCUUCUCUCUGUGUUUUUCUCUCUUUUUCCACCAUCACUUUCUUUUCUCUUUUUCUGCAUCUUCCUUGCUUCGCUUGGAAUGCACAUACAGUUUGACCAAACAAUGGCUCUCUGUAUGACUGACUUGAAAUGCACAACACCAUGAAGCACACCUUUAACUUCACAAGUCACGGAAAUAGCAAAUGCUGCUGUUUCUCUCAUGUUCUGUUUCUUGUACUCAGUGUCUUAGUGCUUUAAAACAGUUAGCUUUCAUACAACAAAAAAAUGAAUAUGGGAGACCUCUUCUUCUUACCAUGUUAUUGCACAUCUGGUAAUUUAAAGAGGUUUUUUCUCCUGCAUUAGGAGGAGGUUUAAAGUAAGGUAUGUCAAAGACUUUAGUUAGUAAUUAGAUAACAUCACUUAAAAAAUGCUGCAAGCCAUUACAACAGAGCACCCUGUGGAGUUUUUGACCGGUGGAGCAAUGUUUUCACUAAUGGGUUCCCAUUAUGUUUUUAUAAUGUACGGGCAUGAGGGUGCACAUGCACGUGCACAAGCAUGUGGGCAACACUACACACGUUCUUGCCGAUGAUACACAGUGUUCUGCUUAUGGACAGUUGGUGGUGGUAAGGAACAAAGAAACGUAGCAAUGCGCCCACAAAGCCAGUGAAGAAGACUGCAAGCUAGGAAACAUGAAUCUGAACAAUGCAAUCAAAUAUUUAACAAAAUUGGCUUUACCAAUGUUUUAAUCGGGAGGAAAUACAUUCAACAUAUUUGUUAGGUCUCGAAGAUAUAAACAAUGUGUUUUGGUGAGGAACAGUGAAUGUAAACAGAACUUUUGUUUGUUUACAAAUACACUCCACAGGGCCCCUUUAAAAUCUCAUCUCAAUGAACAGUGCUGCUGCAAACUUUAUUAUUCAAGGAAUGCAUUUAGUCGCUGGUGUUUCUCCUUUUAGAGGAUCAGUGUUCACAUUUGCCUUAAAAACAAUAAUAAUGGUGUAAGAGUAUAGUUCAAGGGUGUCCAUCUGAAAAUCAGAUGACGCACAUUUCCCUCUCCUUCCCUUCUCCUCUGCAUCAUUCGCCCUAAGGUGUCUGUCAGCCUAAUGAAUUUGAGAUUGCCUUCAGUCCGAGAGAUACGUUGCUAAGCUGGUGCUGAGUUUCACCUCCCAUCACUUGUAAGUCCAGCAGCUCUCCUCUCUCCAAUAAACCUCCCACUCCCUGUGGAAAUCUUUGCAGAGGAGAUUUAACUCACUUGAAUAAUUCUCUCAUUUUCCCCUGUCUAACCUGAAUACUCUGAGGACUGGACAUCCUCAAAUUAAUAAUCAUAAUCAAAUGCAUUAGCUUAGGGACAUAUAUCCUAAUUGAGGCAGCUGAAUGAAAGAAUUUAUAAAUCAGACAUGUAUUUAAGAGUAUGUAAUUCUAAUGUAUGUGUUUUUCUGUGAGGUGUAUAGAUAUUAAUUGUCAUUGAUUGUAUUUGUUCUGACCUUUCAAACAAAUUAAGAGCAAAAGGUUUUGAUUGGUCAGGUAGAAAAUGGUGUCACUGAGUUAUUUAAGACAGUGUGGUUGAGUAUUUUGAGGUGUUAAAAAUGUAUUAACAGUUCAUGCCAAUCAUAGGUACUCUAUGAUUACAGAUGAAUUCAGUGCAUUUUAACUGUUCAUAGGCCUUACAAAGCAUUUGUAAAUGUGGCUUGUCUAGGGUUGCUUACACAGCACUUCAACCAAAGACAAUCAAAUGAUAUUAAAGGUGAGGAAGCCUGGAACAUGUGUUAUUACUUACAGCUGAACAAUAAAGACAAAUCAAUAUGGACACAUCCACCUGGGGCUUUAGUGCGAAAGGACCUAAGAUUAAACAGGGAACUGAUAUGAGAUUCUGUUGUAAAUAUUCCUGAAGUCUCUAGCCUGGAUUAUUUGCAGUUGCCGAUUUUCAUUGUUGUUAUAUUCUAUGAUGGAAAAAAAAAAAUCAAUACUCUUGCUUGCUUUGAAUACCCCCUUCAGUACAGCAGUGUGCUACAAAGCACAAUCGGAAAGAAUUAAGAUGACAGAAAAGCAGACCGGUGCAUGCGUCAAUACUGCUAUCUACAAGCACACAAUAAUACUUUAAUGUUUGCUGUAUGUGAAAAGUUUAUGCUGUAUUUCAAAUCAUGUAAUAGUAUUUUUCCUUUCCACUAUGUCAGAGACAGCACCUGCUCAAGCCUUCUUUGCCUACACACUCCUGCCUGAAUGGAACUGAAUACAAUGGAAUAUCACAUCCAUUUCCAACUGGAAACAAAUGGUGCUUUAAAAGCGUGCCUGUCCAGACUUUCACCUGCCUGGAAAAUAUCAUUGCCAUGGUUACCUUUUUUUCAGUAACAAUAUAAUGUUGCUUUGAGUGCUCUUAGAGAAAACUACUGCACAGUAUCCUCUCAUUCUCCUGGAAUAGCUCUGAAUAUGUAUCACUUAGGUGGUAAACAGUUGAUGUGUUUAAUAAAGCCUUGUGUUGAAAAAUAAAAA